GAAGCCUAAACAUAAUGAGAGAGUAACAUCCGUUUUUCCCCUUUUAUUUCUUGCUUUGUGGCGGAUUUCCGCUGUCUCUGACGUCAAGUCCGCUAGGCAGUUUAGUCAAGUUUGAGUUUUGACGUUUGGUAACUUGAUGAAUCUUGCUCAUUGACGUCCAUUCCCCUGGACCGCACGGUUGUCUGCGGAGCGCUCUGCCAAUCAACCGUGCCAGCAACAAAAUCUAACGAUUGUUUUCAGAGAAUUUGUAAAGUGGAAGUGAAUCUUUAGAAAUGAGUGAAUCCAACUUAAAUACAGUGCAAGGUGAAGUGGAGGCGACCGAAGUAGAACCAGCCCCAGGGCCAAGCAAGGGUCGCCCUGACUCCUCGGAUUCUUCUACGGAAAGUUCAUCAACAACUUCAUCCGAUUCCUCCGGCUCGGAUCGAAAGAAAAGGAGGAAGAAAAAGUCGAGGCGUACAAAGCGCCGCCGCCACGACCUGUUGGAGAAACUGGCUAAAGAGGUUAGUGAAUUGCGUAAUCAAGUGCAGUACCGUAGCGAUCAGUGCAAUUAUGAACAGUCUUGCCCGGAAGUUGAUUUAAAUAUUAGUGGGGACUUAUAUAACGACUCGAACGCCCAGUGCAAUGACGAAAACUCCCAGGCAGAUUUUAAUCUGAAUCUAGGCACUUCCCUCAAACAGCCAGCAAUACCUAAAACGUCCGAUGAGUAUUUAACGUUGUUACUCCAAGUGCAAAGAUUUAAUAACAGUGAAUGGUCGGAGAUUAGAUACGCUGAAGCACAAAAAAGCUACAGUACUGCACCGGGUUACACAGAGCUCGAUACAAACGAGGAAGUGCGUGCUUAUGAUACUGCCCGUAACUUGGCUUUUGCCGAAAAAAGUUAUGCUGCUCUGACAAUGGCCUUGCUAAAGCAACAAACUGCCCUGCAAGAAGGUAUACGCAGUUUCCUAUCCUGGGUGCGCAACCCAGAGAAUUUAUCGUACGAUAAAAUCAACGAAAAAAUCGUUGAAACUUUUACUGGUGGUGACUACUCAAAAAUAUCAAAUGAUCUUCUUCAAAUGGUGUGCGGCCACAGAGCGGACAUGGUGGAGCAAAGAAGGGAGCUCAUUCUGUCCUCCGUGAAAGACCCGCUCAUUAAAAGUAACCUGCGCAAGGUUCCUCCUUCUUGUAAAUACCUGUUCGAUUCUGAACAAUUUACACUAGCCCUGGAAAAGGCCGGAGGAGUAAGGAAAUCCUUUUGGCCUAAGCAAACAAACAAACCGGCUGCGCAAGCUGGUAAUUAUGAAUAUUCUAGAAACCCCGCGCAGGGGAUUAAUUGCAACAAGCCUAACGGUGCUAAAAACAAAGCUCCCGCGCAGGGAUGCUCUCACUGGCCAAAUAACAACAGGUCCCAAAGCCACUUUUACACAAACAGCUCUGCGCAAGGGCCUAGCAACUCUAAUGCUAAUCACAGACCCUCCACGUCAAACAUAAAACCAAACAACUAUCGCGAAGGGAGGGGGGGGCACUAUAACAACAAGCAGCAGCGACCCCGUAAACGACAGGCAUCGCCUUCGUUUCGAUCAAAAAAUAAACGUUACAAAUACUGACUCGAGGCCCUUUCGGGCGGGCCAACUGAAACAUUUUGUACAUACAUGGGCCAAGCUGGGCGCACCAGCACGACUUCUGAAAAUGAUACAAGGGUAUCGCAUUCCAUUCUCUCGCAAACCGCCAUUGAUACAUCCGCAUCACACAAAUCACAUUCAUACACCUCCUUCAGAAGAAAUGUCCCAGCUAAUAUCACAAAUGAAAAAAGAAAAUGUACUACAGCCGGUACCAAGCUCACCCAGCUUUCUUUCAACAAUGUUUCUAAGACCCAAGCCCGACGGAUCACUACGACCGAUUUUCAACCUGAAGAAUCUGAACAAAUUCGUGUGUACGCCACAGUUUCGACUGGUGAAUAUGCACAAAGUUCCAGAAUUCCUACAAAAACAGGACUGGAUGGGAAAAAUCGAUAUUUCCCAGGCCUAUUUCCACGUGGCAAUAGCUCAAAGCCACAGAUGCUUUUUAAGGCUCAUAUAUCGCU